CACUGACAGAAAGUGCCUUGUGAGACAAUAUCCCUACUUCAAGAACCCUGGGUGUUUCUGACGAGCUUCAGAUUUCUCCUUCUGCAGUCGUGACGGGAUUUAGCUCAGCCCCAUUAACACCCCCUGACCCCUUUGGGUUGUCCUGACCUGUCCUGCCCACCUGGAGUGAAGAGGCGGAGCUGCUGUGCUUCUGGCCAAGGUGCCAAAACUCAGAAAGAGUAGGUACUGAAGGCUUUUAAACAAUAGAUCGCCACAAACUCUGUGUUGUUCCAAACUGUGCCAUUGCACCUCAAAAUAGCCCCACUUUUGCUCCCUAACAUCCCCCCUUGCACAGAUAUCAUCAGUCAUAGGAAGGACAUUUUGGGGACAUCCGUACAACCAGCAGAGAUUGUCUCCGAGCAUGCCCCCUCUGUCUUGUCAGAGGUCCGCACCUGAGACUUACUGAUUGAUGAACAAUUAGCUGUUUGACUGACAGACUCUACAAUAGCAGUGAAGUCCCAUGCUCCGCUCACAGAGACUUUGGAGUCCAUUACCUCCACUGUCCUGUCCACAAGGACAAACUUCAUCCACUGACCUGCAGCAGAUCAUUUAUAGCUACAUGUUCAAUUAGUUUUUAGUUGUUGUUUGUUUUAUUUUUUUUAAUUGGAACGCCGAAGCCACCUCCUCCUCCGAGGAUAACUCCGCUCCACCCCAGCUCCACGACCAGCGCUGCUGACAUGGCUCUAAACAUUGCAUCGAUACGGGACACAAAAUGGCUGACCCUGGAAGUGUGCCGGCAGUUUCAGAGAGGGACGUGUUCACGUAGCGAUGAGGAGUGCAAAUUCGCCCACCCGCCCAAGAGCUGCCAGGUGGAGAAUGGGAGGGUGAUUGCCUGCUUUGAUUCGUUAAAGGGCCGCUGCACGCGAGAGAACUGCAAAUACCUCCACCCGCCCGCUCACCUGAAGACCCAGCUAGAGAUCAACGGGCGCAACAACCUGAUCCAGCAGAAGACGGCGGCUGCCAUGUUGGCUCAGCAGAUGCAGUUCAUGAUCCCCGGCACUACCAUGCAUCCUGUGCAGACGUUUCCUGUCAGCCAGGGCCUGGGCUCCAGCGCCGGUUUGAGCUACACACCCUACCUGACUCCCAUGUCCCACAGCAUGGGCCUGGUGCCCACCGACAUCCUGCCCAGCUCCCCAGUCAUCGUCCCCGGCAGCCCGCCCGUCUCCGUGACCGGUGGCUCCUCCUCCAGCCAGAAACUGCUGCGUACCGACAAGCUGGAGGUGUGCCGCGAGUUCCAGAGGGGCAACUGUGCUCGUGGCGAGACCGACUGCCGCUUCGCUCACCCGAGCGACAGCCCCAUGAUUGACACCAGCGACAACACAGUGACCGUCUGCAUGGACUAUAUCAAGAGCCGCUGCUCUCGUGAGAAGUGCAAGUACUUCCACCCCCCGGCCCACCUGCAGGCCAAGAUUAAGGCCGCCCAACACCAGGCCAACCAGACGGCUGUGGCUGCGCAAGCCGCAGCCACAGCUGCAGCCAUGACUCAGUCGACUGCCAAAGCAAUGAAGCGACCCCUCGAGGCAACUGUAGACCUGGCGUUCCCGCACGGCGUCCUCCAGCCCCUACCAAAGAGACCAGCACUUGAGAAGAGCAACGGAGCGAGCUCCCUGUUCAACCCCAGUGUUUUGCACUACCAGCAGGCGCUGGCCAACGCACAGCUCCAGCAGCCUGCUUUCUUUCCCACAGGGUCAGUCUUGUGCAUGACUCCUGCUAGCAGUCUUGUCCCAAUGAUGUACAGUGCUACGCCUGCUACUGUCUCUGCAGCAACAACUCCUGCCACAAGUGUCCCCUACGCAGCAACAGCACCAGCCAAUCAG